GCUAUUCUCACAACCUGAGCAGCUGCAGGGCGAUAUUCCGUGUCCAUUGAGUGCCAAAGCGCAGAGCAACGCCGCUUUCUCCGAGGAGUCGCACUUCGUCGGAGCACGCUCCCUCUCCGAGGUGAGAAGCUCAGAAUGGGAAAAUAAGUGCACUCGAAUCGAUUGCGCGCAAUUAUGUUUGCGGGGCGACAGCAGGCUGGAACUGCACGCCGUCACCAACAUUUGGUUGCGAGUUAUUGCUCCAUAUCUGAUUCAUAACGGUACAGCAGGACGACGUUCAAAACAAACGAUAGGUGUGUCUCAGACAGCAUCUGAAGCCAUCGGUACAUUCAAUCCUGCCAGUGAUGCCUACGCUAUUCGCCGACUGUCGUGUCGUAUCCAGACUCUCCGAUUCUUGACACAAUUAGCAACCCAGACCCUCCCCGCGCGAGUGGCGUUGACGAGCUGUAUUAAUUUGAACCCUCCUUCUCAUCCCGAACAUCAUCGUUUUGCAUUCGCCCCGGAGUAUGCUGUACCUUCUGUACUUGUAACUUAUUCUCGCGCCCAGAUUGUACGUCUCAAUCACCGCUUGCCGCUUGUCACUCAUUGGAUCGCUGCAUGGCUGCAUGCGCGUGUGCAGUUCUUCGGUGGCCUGGAUGUAUACCGUAAGAUACCGGAAGUGGCAUCCGGAAUCAUCUCUCUCGCGCACAAACACGACUUCCGAAUCCUCCAUGAUGAGGCCAUUCAUCGCCUGUCGGAAGCGGGACACAUCCGCCACUACUCAAAAGACAAUCUGUCAUAA